CUCCAGAGUCUUUCUCCCGCUGUCACAUCGCCUCAUCCGGCAACCCUACUGUCGCUCAUUCCCCUCCUCGAGCUGCAGGCAGAAUGGACUCCAAGUCUCAAUACUUCGAGCUAUUGGGCCUCGGCGCACACCGAUCCGUGCUCUCGAUCGCCCCGUUCCUGCUCGGCGGCUACCUGAUCCUCCGUCUCAUCCGAGAGUACGUCUACCGGAAAAGCCGAGGUGCAGCAACCAACUCGGUCGUUGGCAACAAACAGGACGGAGGAGAUACCGAAGUUGAACGCACGCCGGAGUUCGAAGAAUGCGAACUCAUUAUCAAGGUCAAACAGGAACCGGGCCAUGAUCGCGAUCCGAAGAGCUUUUCGAAACACUAUCAUGUCGAGAAGUGGGAGGAUGCGAAGCUGUCCGCCCCGGCCUCGGCUGUGCGCGUGGUCGAGACCAUGGCUGCCAACCCGAAGGUUCCCAUCCGCCGCCGGAAGGUCCCCCAAUGGAAUAACAGCGGCCCCUCACCGCCGCAGACACCUCUCUCACAUGGCGACCGCGACCGCGACCGCCCCCAACCCACCGCCCCCAACCCCGAAACACCACGCACCCCCCGCCACAGUGUCCGCAUCUCGAGCGGCACCAAGACUCCCUCGCGUGUCACCGUCGAGAUCCCACCACGCACCACCCCGAAGCCGCCCUACAUCCCGCCGCCCACCGACCUCGACGCACCCACCUUCUCCCCCGGCGACCUAGUCCUACGCCGGCGUCCCUCGCGCUUCGUGCACCCAGGCACCGCGGACGCAGACGAGUACGACGGCCCAUUCAUCCUCGCGUCGACGAGCAAUCCCGCGCCUGUGCACCUGCACCACGUCCGCGGCGCAAAACUGGCCUCGUGGGCGAAGCUGGAGCUGCCGCCGGCCUCGAGCGCAGAGAGGUGGACACAGGAGUCGAAGCUUGUGCACUACACGGGUGCACUCACGGUCGCGGAGCUGCGGGAGGCCACGAAGGAACGCGAUGGCACCUUCAUCAUGGAUAAGAUCCGGAGUGAGCGCUGGGUCCAGGCGAGGGGAGGCGUGCUCGCCAGGGAAUUUAGGGUUUCGUGGCUGGGGUACCCGUGUGAAGACGAUACGUGGGAGCUCGAGGGGAAGGUUUACAAUACGGAUUGGCACAUGAUUGAGGAGUUUGAGGGCAGGAAAGCAUAGUUAGUCGAUUGGGCGGGGGGAUCUUUGUUUCGUGACGUGGUUGGUUUGAUUGAUUUGGCGCUUUUUUCUUUCUUCAUUUCUUUCUAGAUGGGAUUGACUGGGCGAUCUGGGCGGUUGAGCUUUUUCUGGGAGGCAGGCAGGACUGAUUGGUGGGUGGCGUUUGUGAGCAUUUGUCGGGGUUUUGUUUGGCAUUUUUUUUCUUUUUUUCUUUUCUUUUCGUAGGACGGAUCUGAUCUUACGCUUGUAUAAUUUGGCGGGAUACCUAGACGCAUGAAUGGAUGGAUGGAUGGAAUAGGCCUACUUGCCCGGUGCCUUUACGGCAGGGAUCCGGUACCUUCUAUGGCAGAU